UCCCGCCCGUAAACAGGAAAGCGCAACACUGCAGCGACACGGGUCGCUACAGCAUCCGGAAAAACACCAGAGAGCCUCUAGUAUCGCCGAGAACUCCCACUUUGUGGAACUCCGUGUUCUUAGGGGGCGCUCCCGAGCUAGUCCGGAGUGAAUAGGUCCCAAUGGAGGAAAGAAAUGUUUACCGUCAGGCAUGAAGCGAGCAGCAACCUUCUCAUAGUAGUCUCCACAUUUAAAUUGUGCCUGCAUCACCUGGCUCUCCUCCGAAGAGCUCCACAUCCUGGCUCAUCAUCACUCCCAGCAAGGCGAUCUUUUAGUUGGCUAAGGGAAGGUAAACGCAGAGGGCGGUUAUGGAAGACACUAGUGGCCCUCUCUGUUGGUGUACCUGUGGUGGUGAGUGUCAAGUAUGCUGUGUCAGAGCCACGACAGAAGAGGAAGAUGAGAAUUGUGAUUGAAGGCUUUGGCCGCUUCUGCAGGUCUCUGUCUGUGGGGCUCUUCAUUUCUGCUGAUUACUGGUGGACCACCAACGUGCUCCUCCAUGGAAUGGAUGAGAGCAGUCCAUCCUACAUCACUAAGAUGUCAGCCUGCCACCAGAGGGCAGCAGAGUCCAUGGUGGAAGGAGCCGUAAAGAACGGAGGCCUGUACAUUAAACUUGGCCAAGGCCUGUGUUCCUUCAACCAUCUGCUUCCUCCCGAGUAUAUCCGCACCCUCCAAAUACUGGAAGAUAAGGCCCUAAAUAGGAGGUACAAAGAGGUGGAUGCUCUCUUUGAAGAAGACUUCAACAAAACCCCAGAGCAGCUUUUUAAAACAUUUGACUAUGAGCCCGUCGCUGCUGCCAGCUUAGCUCAGGUUCAUAAAGCACAGCUGAUGGAUGGGACUCCCGUUGCCGUGAAGGUACAGUACAUUGACCUCAGGGAUCGCUUUGAUGGAGAUAUCCGAACAUUGGAGAUCCUGCUGGAUAUUAUUAAGUUUAUGCACCCGAGCUUUGGAUUCCGAUGGGUUCUUAAGGACUUGAAGGGAACACUGGCUCAAGAGCUGGACUUUGAGAAUGAGGCCAGAAACUCUGAGAGGUGUGCAGAGGAGCUGAAACACUUUAAAUUUGUUGUUGUACCUAAAGUCUUCUGGGAGCAAACUAGCAAGAGAGUGCUGACAGCAGAGUUUUGCGACGGCUGCAAAAUCAACAACGUGGAAGAAAUAAAACGACAAGGAUUAAGUUUGAAGGAUACUGCAGAUAAGCUGAUCAGAACAUUUGCUGAGCAGAUAUUCUACACUGGUUUUAUCCAUGCGGACCCCCAUCCUGGGAAUGUUCUCGUAAGACGAGGUCCUGACAACAAGGCGGAGCUGGUGCUGUUGGACCAUGGCUUAUACGAAUACCUCAGUCAACAUGAUAGAGAGGCCCUCUGUAAACUGUGGAGGUCCAUAGUCCUGAGAGACGAGGCAGAAAUGAAGCAGCAGUCCAGUGCCCUCGGGGUCAAAGAGUACUUUCUCUUCUGCGAGAUGCUGCUGCAGCGACCAAUCAGCAUGCGCAAGCUGGAUCUGUCCAACAUCCUGAGCAGAGAGGAGACGGCUUACAUGCGUGAAAUGGCCAUUCACCGCUUCGAGAGCAUCAUGCAGGUGCUGAAAUCAAUGCCUCGGCCCAUGCUGCUGGUGUUCAGGAACAUCAAUACGGUGCGAAGCAUCAACAUCACACUGGGGGCACUGGUGGAUCGUUACUUUGUCAUGGCCAAGAGUGCUGUGCGAGGCUGGGGGAAGAUUCAGGCUGAGAAGUCCAGCAUGCCCCGGCUUUGGGUCUUCAGCUGGGGAAGGACAGUAUGGGAGAAUGUCAAGUUUGAAGUUGCUUUGAGGUCAGAGAUGGUAAUGAUGAGCCUGACGCGUGCGGCCCUGAGGCUGCUGGAGUACUUGGGCCUCCUGUCUCUGGACUCUGAUUUGUACGAGUACCUGAGAUAGUGCACAACACUACAAAGGAUUCAUUCCAGACACGAGUGAGUGCAGCACAACAACAAUGAGCCUUUCACUCACCAGCAGCAGCUCUGAGUACUGAGUACGGUGUUGUUCGACUGCAAGUAACUUUCCCACCAAACCCCCUUCGGAGUUGUGCUGGGGGUGAAUGUGCUCCACCUACAGGACUGUAAAGCAUCCAUCCUGUGGGGGGAGAGGAACUAAACCACAACUGAUUUAAAAUAAUUUAAGGACCUUAUGAACAGGAUAAGCAGAAGAGGAUGGAUGGCUGUUUUAAGUGUAAUCUUGGGAGACCAAAUCCCAUUCAAACCCAAAUGUGAUUUUUAACUUGCAUUUUUUUCUAUGACACUGGUGACAUUUAAUCAAUUAUUCUGUCACAGUAUUGUGUCCAAUGCUACCUAGUUGUAUUUAAAUUAUAAUAAAGUAUGAACAAAUCA